GCUGAGGUGGGGGCCAUGUCGACGUUGGCCCCCCUGCGCCUGCUGCGUGAGCCCUGGAACGCCAGCGAGGGCAACCAGAUCAACACCACUGCCGGGACCAGCAGUGCCUGGUGCCAGGGGCUCGACAUCCCCAACGAGCUCUUCCUCACGCUGGGGCUGGUGAGCCUGGUGGAGAACCUGCUGGUGGUGGCCGCCAUCCUGAAGAACAGGAACCUUCACUCGCCCAUGUACUACUUCAUCUGCUGCCUGGCCGUCUCCGACAUGCUGGUGAGCAUCAGCAACCUGGUGGAGACACUCUUCAUGCUGCUGAUGGAGCACGGCGUGCUGGUGAUCCGCGCCAGCAUCGUCCGCCACAUGGACAACGUCAUCGACAUGCUCAUCUGCAGCUCCGUCCUGUCCUCCCUCUCCUUCCUGGGGGUCAUCGCCGUGGACCGCUACAUCACCAUCUUCUAUGCCCUGCGCUACCACAGCAUCAUGACGCUGCAGCGGGCCAUGGUGACCAUGGCCAGCGUCUGGCUGGCCAGCACCGUCUCCAGCACCGUCUUCAUCACCUACUACCGCAAUAACGCCAUCCUCCUCUGCCUCAUCGGCUUCUUCCUCUUCGUGCUGGUCCUCAUGCUGGUGCUUUACAUCCACAUGUUUGCCCUGGCCCGCCACCACCUCCGCAGCAUCUCCAGCCAGCAGAAGCAGCCCACCGUCUACCGCAGCAGCAGCCUGAAGGGAGCUGUCACACUCACCAUCCUCCUGGGCGUCUUCUUCAUCUGCUGGGGACCCUUCUUCUUCCACCUCAUCCUCAUCGUCACCUGCCCCACCAACCCCUUCUGCACCUGCUUCUUCAGCUACUUCAACCUCUUCCUCAUCCUCAUCAUCUGCAACUCGGUAGUCGACCCCCUCAUCUACGCCUUCCGGAGCCAGGAGCUCCGGCGGACGCUGCGGGAGGUGCGUCAGCGCCCGGCCCGGUGCGGCGCGAGGCGCCCUAUAAAGGCAGCGGCGGCGGCGGGGCCGCCCCCCGCGCUCCGUCCCGGUGUCCCGGUGUCCCGGUGUCCCGGUGUCCCGGCGCCCCGUCCCGCCCCCCCCCCCGGCAGCACCAUGAGGGAGAUCGUCCACAUCCAGGCGGGACAAUGCGGCAACCAGAUCGGCGCCAAGUUCUGGGAGGUGAUCAGCGACGAGCACGGCAUCGACCCCAGCGGCAACUACGUGGGGGACUCCGACCUGCAGCUGGAGCGCAUCAGCGUCUACUACAAUGAAGCCUCCUCUCACAAGUACGUGCCUCGCGCCAUCCUGGUGGACCUGGAGCCGGGGACGAUGGACAGCGUGCGCUCGGGCGCCUUUGGCCACCUCUUCCGCCCUGACAACUUCAUCUUCGGCCAGAGUGGGGCCGGCAACAACUGGGCCAAGGGCCACUACACGGAGGGGGCCGAGCUGGUGGACUCGGUGCUGGACGUGGUGCGGAAGGAGUGCGAGAACUGCGACUGCCUGCAGGGCUUCCAGCUGACCCACUCGCUGGGCGGCGGCACCGGCUCCGGCAUGGGCACCCUCCUCAUCAGCAAGGUGCGGGAGGAGUAUCCCGACCGCAUCAUGAACACUUUCAGCGUGGUGCCAUCCCCCAAGGUGUCAGACACGGUGGUGGAGCCCUACAACGCCACGCUCUCCAUCCACCAGCUGGUGGAGAACACGGAUGAGACCUACUGCAUCGAUAACGAAGCUCUCUAUGACAUCUGCUUCCGCACCCUCAAGCUGGCCACCCCCACCUACGGCGACCUCAACCACCUUGUCUCGGCCACCAUGAGCGGCGUCACCACCUCCCUCCGCUUCCCCGGCCAACUCAACGCCGACCUCCGCAAGUUGGCCGUUAACAUGGUGCCCUUCCCACGGCUCCACUUCUUCAUGCCGGGCUUCGCCCCGCUGACGGCCCGCGGCAGCCAGCAGUACCGCGCCCUCACCGUCCCCGAGCUCACCCAGCAGAUGUUCGACGCCAAGAACAUGAUGGCCGCCUGCGACCCCCGCCACGGCCGCUACCUCACCGUGGCCACCGUCUUCCGGGGCCGCAUGUCCAUGAAGGAGGUGGACGAGCAGAUGUUGGCCAUCCAGAGCAAGAACAGCUCCUACUUCGUGGAGUGGAUCCCCAACAACGUCAAGGUGGCCGUCUGCGACAUCCCUCCCCGGGGGCUCAAGAUGUCUUCCACCUUCAUCGGCAACAGCACGGCCAUCCAGGAGCUCUUCAAGCGCAUCUCGGAGCAGUUCACGGCCAUGUUCCGCCGCAAGGCCUUCCUCCACUGGUACACGGGCGAGGGGAUGGACGAGAUGGAGUUCACCGAGGCCGAGAGCAACAUGAACGACCUGGUGUCCGAGUACCAGCAGUACCAGGACGCCACGGCCGAAGAGGAGGGCGAGAUGUACGAGGACGACGAGGAGGAGUCGGAGGCGCAGGGCGCCAAGUGAUGCCCCACCGCCCUCCCAGCCGCCCGCAGAACCCCCCCGCCCCGGCUUCGCGCUGCUGCCCCCCAGCCGGGCUCCCCGCCGCGCGCCCCUUCGGUGUCUCCUGCCCCCAUCCCCACCCCGAGCCGCCUUGGCCCCCCAUGCCCCCCUCCUGCCUCCCCACUUUUCGUUUUUUACUGGUUUGUGUCUAAUUUUUUUUUUGAAUACUUAAUAAAUUUAUUGCUGUCCAGGUA